GUGCCUAUGUUGGAGAUUCCUUCCUGGUCUUUAGCUCUAUAAAGAGAGCGAAUGGUCAUACUUUACCUCAAGUUGCCUUCUAACAUCCAACAUGAAUCCGGUGACAAAAAUCAGUACACUGCUUAUCGUGACUUUACCCUUUAUCUGCUUUGCGGAGGCUCUGAAAUGCUUCCAGUGCACUUUGUUCAACUCUAAGGGGAAAUGUUUGUUCCAAGAACCCCCCUGUGAGACCCAAAAUAAUGAAGUAUGUGUCUUGUGGGCAAAGUUUGAAGGUGGCAGGUUCAUGUAUGGGUUCCAGGAAUGUUCUCACACUUGUGUUAAUCAAACACUGAACUUGAGAAAUAAAAGAAUUGAAAUGAAAUGUUGCAAUGACAAAUCUUUCUGCAACAAGUUUUAGAAGCAUAAACCAUCUUGACAUGUUCCAAGGACAGUUCUGAGCCCUUCAUCCUCCUCCUGUGCCCUCACAACACUGCACCAUCUAUUCCAGCACUGCCCAUGCUCUGAUACCUGCUUGUACUCUGCACCAGGUGUGGCUAUUUGGACAGUUCAGCUGGGGAUAGAGAAAUGCCCUGUGGUCCCCACAACCCUCAGUGCUUCUCCCUCUUUUGUAGAUCCUGAUUUCCUUCCUUCUCACCUUCUAGUCUUCCAGGACUGACAGAUUGCACACUCUUCUGCUGCUCAUACUGACUUGUUUUUGUCAAAUGCAUCUGAUAACUAAUACUGUUGUUAGGUGCUAGUUCUCCAACAGUGACUAUGGCAGAGAUGACACCUGCCCUUGAUGACCAGUUCAGUGAUGCAUUUUUCUAUUCGGUUGGCCAUCAAACAAUAGCUCUAGCAUCUUACUGCAGUUUUAUUCAUAGAAUUUCAUGUGUGUGUCAGGGAGUUUUGCACUGCUGUGGCCUGAGUAGAACAACAUAAGGGACACCUAGGUGAGGUGGCAUAUGCCUUAAACCCCAGCACUUGAGAGGCAAAGGCAGGAGGAUUUCUAUGAGUCUGAGGCUAGAUUGUUCUACUUAGCAAUAGUGCCUCAACACACACACACACACACACACACACACACACACACACACACACACACACACACUCACACACACACACACACUCACACAUGCACGCACAUGCACACAUGUGCACACAUUUUCCCCUUCAGAGCACCUGUGUCCUACUAGCUCCAUCUCUGGAGAGUACUUGAGUUCACAUAAUUUCAUUUAAUCUCUUUUUAUGUUGUGAAUAUUUUCCUCCAGUCAAUAACUUUUUAGAUGCUCAACAUUGCCUUUCCAAGAGCAACAGACAUUGAUUUUUAAUAAUAUUGUCUGUAGUUUCAUUAAGUUGCUUCGCUAAAACACUGUGAUGGAAAACAAUUUAGAGGUGAGCUUGUUUAUGUAACCUUAGAGGCUACAGUGAGGCUCUAAUGUGUCACCACCAGCUUCUCCUAUGGACUGGAUGUGUGAGUUACCAGAGAUCCAUAUGUUCAAGUUUAGUCCCUGAGAUGGUGAAAUUUGGAAGUGAGGCUUUUGGGAGGAGAUUAAGUUAUGAGGGUAGACCCAUAACAAAUGAGACUCAUGCCCUUAUCUAAGAGACAAAUACAGGAAUUCCUAGUAUUUAUGUAUUUAUGAAUAUACAUAUACAUAAAUAUCCAUAUAUUUAUGUAACAACAGUGAAAAAGAGGCCAUGAAUUUGAAAAGAAGCAAGGGAGAUAUAAGGGAAAGUUUGGAGGGAGAAAAGAAAGAGGAAUUUAUAGUUAUAAGAAAAGGAGUAUAAUUAUGCUAUAAUCUCAAAAAAUGAAAAAUGAUUUAAAAUUUUCUUGUUCAGAAGCUGGAUAGUCUAUUCAUUUUCUUUCUUUUCUCUUCAGCGUCCUAAAUGAACUGAGGCAACGACUUAUCUAAGAUAUCAAAAUUAUUUGCUAACGUCAAAAUUCUUAGAGAAUACAAAUACUCCUUUAUUUCUGUAAUUUUAAACUUUGGAGUUUUAUAUUUGUUUUGUCAUGCAUUUUACUUAAUGUGUAUACUAUUUAUGGUGGAUCAAAGAUAUUUUGUUUCUUUAUUUUUUGCCCAUGAAUGUCCAAUUAUCUUUUGAUAAUUUGUUUGAAACUCCUUUCUUCUCAUAAUUAUAAAGGCCAAGUGUCCACAUCCAUGUAAGUUUAUAGCAAAAUUCUAUAUUUUUCUUUCUUUCAUUAUAUCCCACUAUUUUCCUUGAUAACUGUAGAGUUUUUGGACCUUUAAAAUCAGACAAUGUGUCUUCUAAUUUUGCUCCUUUUUUAAAAGUUAAUUUGAGUAUUUUAAGGUCUUUGAAUUGCUAUAGAUAUUUUCAGAUCAUCGUAUUGAUUUCUAAUAAAAUGAUUG